UUUCUUUGUUAUUUUCUUGAGAUGUUGAUGUCUUGAGGAGAGAUCUCAGUCACCUCUGAAUCGACAACAUGAAGACAAACGCUGCAGAAUACUUCAGCAGCCUUUCGCCUCUCAAAGCUGCUCACAACACAUCAGGAAGCAGUGUGUAUGAGAGCCACGUGCAAAAUGGUCGUUCAGGGCGGUGCCAUUGCUGCCCCUAUGGAUAUCACAUCGACCUGGACUUUGUGCGAUACUGUGACAUGCUCACACAGGGCUCGAAGAAUGACAGCCCAACCCUUCGACACCUCAAGAAGCUCAAGCGGGCUAGGCGACGACAAACAAAGUCCAUGGAGGUUCUUCUCGGCCUGUCUCCGGGGAAGGAAAACGAAGCGCCACCCAACCAACUCUCACAGACGAGGCUGGAGAUUAUUGAGGAGCCAAGGAAGAUUGAGAUUCUGAAACAUGAGACCUCCUCGAUUGCACGAAGGUCCCAGUCGCUGCGGGAACGAACGCCCCCUCCCCCUCCACCCAGGCGAUGCAGGACCCCUCUGAUGUCUCCCCCACCGGAUGUCAUCAACACCACGUCCCACUCCAGCUCCGGCCUCAACUCCAGCUCCAACCUGGAUGCGAGUGAGGCCCUGCAGGAGGCAGUUCUCGACUUCGAAGAGAUGCUUGAGAACUCCCGUGAGAGACGUAACCACCAGAGGGACCGUGCAGACACCCUGCCUGCCCCCAAUGUGCCCUCCCUUGAUCUUCUCCACCAUACACCUCCGCCACAGCAAAAUCACCACCACCACUCCCUAAGCCCCAAGCUAGGGGGCGUUUUAGUGACGCGCUCGCACUCGCUCCCCAGGCAAUGGUUUAACAGACCUCUCCUCUCGCCACCUACCUCCUCCCAGCCCUCUCCUACACAUCCCUCCACACACACCCCUGACGAGACCACUCCAGGGCUCGCAGAGGGACGAACACAGAUGGCGGUGCUGAAGGCCUUGCGCCGCAGCUGGGCCAGGUACACCAUAGGGGGCCGCAUUCCCCGCCGCUUCUCAGAUGGUGCAAUGCUUGAGGACUCGCCGCUGCUGAGCCGCCACCAGCACACCAACUCCACCUCCUCCCUCUCCUCUGUCUGCUCUACCCCAGGCUAUCAGGGUGGGGCCCCUCACUCAUCCACUCUGCCGUCAGGUGGAGGCUAUGGGGUCUCACCGAGCGCCCCACUCAACAAUGGACUCUCACCUGGAUUCGGACUGCCACCAAGCAAUGUAGGAAUAAUUCAGCAACAAAUGCCGCCCUCCCCACAUCUCUCUGACACCCUGGCGGCACUCAACGCUAGCAGUCGGGGCUACUAUCCGGCUGCGAUGCAGGACUUUGACACUAUGAGUGUGACGUCUGCCAUGUCUGGGGUCAGCACCUCCACGCUCCAGUCCAUUCGCGAUCAAAUGGCAACGAGUUUGAGUCGACUGAAGGAACUGGAGGAGGAAGUCAAGACCAUCCCAGUGCUGCAGGUCAAGCUGAAUGUCCUGAAGGAGGAGAAGCGGUUCCUCCUUCAGCAGCUCAAGGCGUUGAGGCUCAAGGGAGAUGACGUGCCCUUCCUGCUUCCACCUGGAUUGGACAGCGACCUCACCGACCUCUCAGAGGAUGAGCUGGAGGGUCGUUUGGCCUCCCUAAAGCAUCACCGUCGGCCAUCACGCAGGCGUAGCGAGUCACCCAUGCGGGUCAACCUGGAGGAGUUCCGUUCGUAUCGGCGUGCAAGGCGAGGCUCUAUCUCAGAGGGCUCAGAGUGUGAGUCAGUGCGAUCAGUGGCAGAUGAAACGCCUCUUUUCAUUAAAGAGGUGCAGGAUCACACCUCAGAGCGUCGUCUUAGCUAUGACACGUCUGCUGAGAGGCGCUUGGGCUUGGACCAGGCUGGAGAGAAGAGAGUGAGUCACAGUAUGCCCAGCACCCCUCUUGUUCCCCGGAAGAGUGUCCGUGACGCAUCUACUAGUUGCCGAGUUCUGACAAGAGACAUAGGGGUAUCCCAUAUAGGAGCACGCACACGUUCUGUUGGCCUCACCACGGAUAAGGUAGAGGUAGAUAGGAGGAAAGAGAUCAAGGCCAAACCCUGCAUGCAGUGCUAUGAGAGGAAUCGCAGGACCUUUGAAAGCAAGGGGGUGGGGACUCCCACAGAGCUACAAGGAGACAAGCACAGGCGGCUGAGCAUGAGCAGUGUGUCUUUGGAGAGUGUAGAGCCAGAUGAUGUGGAUGCAGACCAUAGGGAUCCUUUGGAGAGAGAAGGCAGCCCGAAGAAUGCAUUUCUGCAAAAACUGGGCAGGAAGUCUGCCAUUAUCAGCCGGCUGUCAGAGCCGCAGCUAGCUCCUCCAGUGCUCACUUUUGACAAUUCCACCAACACAGAGCAUGUGCAUACUAGGGACCAGAGACUCAACACCAGUAUUUCCAUGAAGGAUCUUUUCUCAAGAGAAGAGCUCAACCAACAGCUGGCCGAUGCGAAGAGGAAGUGGGAGGCGACAAGGGAGGCCCAGGCUAUAGCACAUGAGAGGAGGCGAGAGAUGCAUAAACCCCUCAUGAUAGAUUGUGGGGUCCAGGUGGCCACAAAGGAUCCCAGCUUCACCAAAACAAAGUUCCAGCCUCUCUUGCAAAGCAUUGGUGUGAUGGCCAAGCCCUCCUUAGUUGAUAUGGGUGUGGGGAUGGCAAAACUCACAGACCUCCUCUGUGACAAGUGUAGCAAUGUGAAGAAGCGGUCUGUUGGAUCUGGAGAUGGACUGACGACGGAUCUCAUUUGUGAUAAAUGUACUAACACAAAAACUAGAUCUGUUGGUGUUGGAGAUUACAAACUAAGUGAUAUUUUGUGUGAGAAAUGUUCACAGGUUCAAACAAAAUCAGUGGGUUCCAGCAGUGAUAGGAUCACUGACAGAAUAUGUGACCAUUGCAAUAACCUACACACUCGUUCUGUAGGGACGGGAACAACCUUAUUCACAGAACACACCAGAGCUCCUAAAAUGUCAACUGCAUGUGUGCAAACAUCGAAGCCAGACACUCGGACCACAGGAGUUAAUACGCAACCCAUAAACUUGAAGAAGGAAGAACUGACUCUAGAUCCAAGUGCAUCUCCCCCAAGUCCAGCCCUCACACCAGAAGUCGAGCGAAGGUCCUUCGGCAGUUCUGGUGUGCGGAUAUGUGACAAGUGCCAUGAGACAAUUCACUCAGUUGCGAAAGACAUAGUGAAUACAAGUGGCACUGCAUCAGCAACCAAUCUUCCACCUCUCCCCCCACAGACAUCGAAAAUCCCACGGCUAGUAGACCUAACCAAAGUGGAACCGAGAUUAGAUGCCCCCAGACAGGACCUAAAAUCCACUAGCAACAUUUCAAUGAGUCUAGGGUCUAGUUGCUCAGAAACUCAGAUCUCAAGCUUGAGCAGUAGCUUCACCGAGUCCAAACCCUCUUCAGCAAUGACCCGGAGUCUGACGAGAAUGGACUCUGCUCCGACUAAACCUGCCAAGCUUGAACGGCCCUCGAAUGCCUCCAGUGAUACCUCUCCAGUCAGAUAUAGUCACUCACCUAAUCAGGUUACAUCAAGUGAUAAUUCCUCCCUUAAGUAUAGCCCAUCUUCAAUGCUGAGCUUGGCGAGCAGAGGGCGUACCAAGUCAGACCUAGGCCCCAGUACAUUAAAGGAAAGUCAGCUGCCCAAAAUCAGUCAAAAAACCGAAACUUCAAAAGUUAGUCAGGGAAGUCCUUCCAAGAAAACUGUCCAGGGCACCAGUACCGGUACUAGUACUAGUAGUACCAGUACCAGUACCAGUACCAGUACCAGUACCAGUACCAGUACCCGUACUAUUACCAGUACCAGUACUAGUACCGCCACCAGUACCACCACCAGUACCACCACCAGUACCACUGCCACCUCCAAAGCUGAAUCGGCAGUAGCUGGGAGCUCGACGCAGAGUAAGCGUGUUCCGUACGUGCGCCAGGACACCUACACCAAGUUUUCAGAAGGCCUGAUCAAUCUGGGCUUUGACGAGAGUGCUGAUGCAGAGCAGGCAAAGCGGCAGAAGGAGGAGAAGGCCAAGGAGUCUGCCACAAAGAAUCUCUCGGCAAUAACGGAGAGCAACAACAAUAACAGUGACGCCUCAAAGCAAGUUGCCAAAGUGGAAAAGCAGGAAAAAGAAGCAGAGAAGAAGGAGGAGAGUCCAAAAAAGUCAAAGGAGGCGGAACCUGUGAUCCAAGGGCGGAAGGAGCAGGAGAGCGCGUCGUCAUCCGACAGCGAAUCCGAGAAUGAGACGUGCGACGAGGAAUCUUUAUUGGGGGCAUCAUUUAGCUCUCAGGCUGUGAACUCGGUGUUCCAGAGUUCCUCCUCGCUUUUCACCACAACCAGCGAAAAGAGUAGGAAGAAAUUCCAGCCACCACGAGAGAUGAAAGCUGCCCUAAAGGUUGUAAAUGACUCCAUUGGCAAGCCAGUGCGGUCGGGACAGCAGCUUACCAAUGCUGUCAAUAUAAUUCAGAAGGAAUGGUUUAAGCUUUCAAGUCAGAAGGAUGCCGAUCCACAUGCUGUAGAAGAUUACAUGGAUGUGUUUGAGGACUAUUCAAAGGCACUCCUACAGCGUGUUGUCAACCUUGCCGAUGUGAAUGGCAACACGGCAAUGCACUAUGCAGUCUCGCACGGUAACUUUGAUGUUGUCUCGGUGCUUCUGGACUCCAAGGUGUGCAACGUCAACCAGCAAAACAAGGCGGGCUAUACAGCAAUCAUGUUAGUGUCGCUGGCACAGAUCCGAUCCGACACGCAUGCCAGUGUCGUCCAGCGGCUCUUUCAGCUCGGCGAUGUCAACAUCAAAGCCAGUCAGCAUGGCCAGACAGCCCUCAUGCUGGCCGUCUCCCACGGACGGCUGGACAUGGUAGGCCUCCUGGCGGCCGCAGGAGCUGAGAUCAACAUCCAGGAUGAGGAUGGCUCAACGGCCCUCAUGUGUGCAGCUGAGCACGGACACUUGGCCAUCGUCAAGUUCCUCCUCAGCCAGCCUGAUACUGAUCCCACACUUAUGGAUAAUGAUGGCAGCACAGCUCUCACCAUAGCAGUGGAAGCAGGACACAAAGAUGUGGGCGUGUUAUUGUACAAGCACAUGAACCUCUCUCGUGGCUCCUCGCCCUAUUCCUCUGUCAGAAUCAAGCGGUCGCGCACCCCGACCAUGUCCCGGUCCUCAAUCACCCCGCCCCCAAGGUCCUCGGCACCCUCCUCCCCGGGGCGCUCGAGGAAAUCCUCCGCGCCACACUCCCCGGGCCGUUCCAGGCAGAGCUCGGCCUCCCUGUCCAAUCUCAUGAUCUAGGGCUGAAAUUUUAGUGUUGUCGCUCUCAUUUGUAUGUGAUUUUUUUUCUCUUGUUUUUAAUUUUUUCUUUCUUCUUUCAUGUGUAAAGUAUUUUUUUUUUUUUUUUCAAACUCUUCAGUGUAGAAAUCAAUGCAGGAGCUUUGUAAAGCCCAUAUAUCUUUAGCUAAAGGUCUAGUGAUGAAAACUACAAUGAUAAAGAUGACGACAUUUGGUGCUUACUGGUUGCCGCCCUUACUUCUGAACUGCAUUCCGGGGGAUCUGAUCUUGUUAACAACACUGUUUAAUUUUCCGUGCUGUUGGCCCUUAUCUCCCUCAAAUCAUAAGUGAAACUCCCAACUCAUAACUUCAAUGGCUUUAUGGAUGGUGCUUUUAUUAACAGUGAAAAGCCAUAAAAGCACAAGCAGUUUGUUUCUUUUGACAUCAGAGCUUGAGGAUCGCAUUUAUGUUGCGUUCUGUUGUGAGAGCUUUGUCAUGCAUUAUUGAUUGUAGUGAUGCUGACAUUUCUAUAAUGGGUUCAGGCCUAAAAUUGUGAAGGUCUCUUAUGUUUUUUUUUUUUUUAUAAUAA